UGAAGACACCACAGUUUGUCAGCAAAGACGACGUAGACGAAAUUGGAUUUGUCUUUUUCAAUUUCGCUGAGAAAAAACUUCAUUUUAACAAACUACUAACGAAUUAAAAAUGUGGUUCUUCUUUCUGCUUUCUUGGCUAGCAACUGCAAUUCAAGUAUGCCUCGCUACACUUGCAUUAGCUGCUGGUCUGUAUUACAUGGCAGAACUAGUUGAAGAAUAUACAGUCAUGGCUGCAAAGUGCAUCAAGUGGCUUCACAUAGGUACAGCAGCGAUAUAUAUUGGUUUGAUAUUGUUUGAAGAUCUACCAUACUCGCUCACGCUUGUUGGACUUUUCUCAGUCUUCAUGUACUCUCUUAUGCUGAAGAAUUUUCCUUUCAUCGAGCUUACAUCACCCACAUUUCUCAUUAGCUGUGUUCUGGUAGUUGUGAACCAUUACUUUGCAUUCAGCUAUUUUUCAGAUGUAUGGCACCCCUUUUCUGAGGUUUUGGCUUAUUUUACACUGUGUCUGUGGUUGGUUCCCUUUGCAUUCUUUGUAUCUCUGUCAGCAGGAGAUAAUGUACUACCUACAAUGCAAAGACCAGAAUUAGAGAAAAAGGAUGAUGUCGUUUCAAGCUACUUCAACAGAAAGACAAAGAGGAAUGGUCUGCUAGCCGGCUUCAACUUUGUCAAGGAAUCGGUCCUGCCUCAGCGAAGCAAAGCUUUCUGAAAAAGUAAAUUUGUACUGCUCAGACACACACAGGGUGUGACAUUGGACAGAAAUAUCUUCUAGCAUUAUGACAUCAUCAUGGUACUACAACUUUGUGAUAACAUGACUGCAUAUGCCUUUGAGGUGUGUUUUUUUUCUAUCAGCCAGUUGAUGUUUUUGAACCAUUGACGAUUUGCAGGCAGCUGUGUCAGUGGUGAAAAGGACGGUACUGAACAUCCAUUUUCACAUGUAUAUGCGAUACAUCGGAUAGCAGUAAGAAGUGCGUGUGUUGACUCAAGCCUUAUGUCGGAAAUUAUACAACCAUGGGGCCAGGAUACGUACAUCAAAAGAUGAAUGUACUUUAGAUGGAUUUUUUUCUUCAGAUUUAAUCUGAAGUUUUUAUGUUUUAGAGCUUUUUCAUUAAAACCUACCCUCGCGCUUUAAGUUUUGAUCCCCUAAAUGUACUGUUCCAGUUCAUUACUACAAUGUAUGAAUGUGUUUGUCCUGCAUCUGUAUGGUGUGCAUGAUAUGAAGUUUUAAAAAUGUGUUUUAUUGGAUGUAUUUGACAGAUCUAUAUGAAAAUAAUAAUUUUAGGGUGCCUGAUCAAAAUUUGAAAAAUACGUGUAUAUAUAUUCACAUUUUUUCCUGUUUUGAGGUAAGAAACACUUCUCAAUUAUGAAAUGGGCUGAUUCAUUUUCAGGAAAUUAUCUGAAAAUUUUCUGAAAACCAGUUACUGAAUUUGUAAAGUAAUUUACACAUUUGUAAAGUAAUUUACACAUUUGUAAAGUGUCCAAGUGGUUCUUUUUUGAAGGGGGGGGACACAGACAGAGCACUAGAGAUCCCAAAAUUUAACAAUUUUCGCUAAGCCCCAAUACAUGGGGGAAAAAAGACUCAACAGCCACUACAAAAACUUGAGUGUGUUUCACGUUAUCAACCCUUCACUGUAGAGUACAUGUAAUUAAUAAGAAUUUCAAGAGAAAGUCUUUAUAAUAAAAGUGAAAUAUUUAUGAUUUUAUGGCAGGUUCUGACAAUUAGCAUUUUUAAUAUCAUGAAAUAGUAAAAAACAGAAAAACAAGUAAAGCCAAAAAAAAAGGUUUAUGAAAAUGUAUGAAUAUGAAGUGUCUGGUUAGAUUUGGGGACAGGUCAAAGGUCACAGAGGUCAUUAUUUGAAAGUAUAGAAGUCUGAUGUGAGAUACAUUCUUAUGUGCUGCAAGCUGACAUGAAUCCUUCUUGUUCCUCUUUGGUAUAAAACCUUUUGUCCAUUAUUAAACUGGCUGAAAAUUUUAGGAUACAAUCUUUGUUUUUUAUUUAUGCAAUCACAUACAUUUGUAAGAAAAGUGUUUGAAAAGCCUGUUGAAAAGACAAAUUGAAAUAUUACUUUACUGAGAGAGCUCAUAAGUAAAUAAAGGUGUUUUUUUUAUCAACUAAUUGGGGGGGGGGGGCAGAAGAGAUUUAAUAUUUUCAAAAUAUGAAUGUUAGAUGAUACUCCAAUUAUUAUUUAACUUUUAGCAAAGCUGUAGCCAGGCACUUUAAAUAUGCUUUUUACUGAACAAAAACAUUGGCAGUUCACUAUAAAAAAAAUGUAGAUUUCUUGCUAUUCUUGCUUUGCACCUAGUCAAAGACAUGUAUUUAAAUUUGAUGGACAGGGACAAUAACUGUACUCUCAUGAAAAAUAAUCCAAUAUGUGACUUUUAUUUUGCACAAGUAUCUUGCCAUACAAAAUGUAUGAACACAACCACACCACAAAAUGUUCUCUCUCAGAUUAGCUUGCAAGUUCCUUGUCUUGUAUUGAAAGCAAGAAUUUUAAAUCACAAUUAUACCUGGUGAGAAUUAUGCAUUAUAAAUUCACUCAAAUACCCCAAAUUAUUGUCUCGGUGUGUUUUAUUUUCAUCUCAUGUGUAGAAUAAGAUCUGUUUAUUAAAUGUAAAGAAAAUUAAUUUGCAAAGAGAUUAAACAAAAAAGUUUUUGCAUGCACUUUACCUGCACUGCUAAGAACUAUUAUAUGAUAUGAAAUCCCCUAACUUUAGCCAUUUGGCGUUGUAUAUGCGCAAUGAUGAAUAUUAAACACAUCUACGGUAAUUACAGGUAAGUUCCAUGCCCAUUGAAAUUGAUUGUAAAGUGGCUGAUUUCCAU